AUGGAGAAAGCGGGGUCAAGCCCCUCAAAGCCGGCAGAGGACGCGUGCCCCCCGCAGCAGGAGCCAGCGGGGCACGAGAAGAAAAACAAGCAGCAUGUCUCUGACGGAUUCACUGUGAAAGCGAUGAUGAAAAACUCUGUGGUAAGAGGGCCACCACUUGCAGGAGCAUUUAAGGAAAGACCAACACGUCCCACUGCAUUUCGCAAAUUUUAUGAGCGAGGAGACUUCCCCAUUGCCCUUGAUCAUGAUACUAAAGGGAACAAAAUCGCUUGGAAGGUAGAAAUUGAAAAGCUGGACUAUCAUCGCUACCUGCCUUUGUUUUUUGAUGGACUUUGUGAAAUGUCAUUUCCAUAUGAGUUUUUUGCUCGUCAAGGAAUUCAUGACAUGCUGGAACAUGGUGGAAACAAGAUUCUUCCUGUUAUUCCUCAGCUUAUUAUCCCAAUCAAAAAUGCACUGAACCUUCGUAACCGACAGGUCAUCUGCAUCACGCUGAAAGUCCUCCAGCACCUGGUGAUGUCAGCUGACAUGGUGGGGGAGGCCUUGGUGCCUUAUUAUCGGCAAAUCCUCCCAAUCUUCAACAUCUUUAAGAAUAUGAAUGUUAAUUUGGGCGACGGGAUAGACUACAGCCAACAGAAGCGUGAAAAUAUUGGAGAUCUGAUUCAAGAGACACUGGAAGCCUUUGAACGCCGUGGUGGAAGACAUGCUUAUAUAAACAUUAAAUACAUGAUCCCUACUUAUCAGUCGUGCAUAUUAAACUGAGUUGUAUCAAAUGGGAUGAUUCCAUUUGUUUUCUAAAAAAAACUGUAUCUGACUCUGUGUGUCAUCUUGUUAGUCAUGCUUUUUUUCUCUACAGCUGCUAAAAUAGUGGCUUCUGGGGCAUUAGAGUGUUACUAUUGUGAACAAGGCUUUCCAGUACAUAAAUAGUGCCUGUUCUUUUGAUUACAAUGCUGCACUGUGCUUGUUUGUUCCCUGAAAGAAUCGCUCCUUUAUAACAGAGCUGACUCGAGCAGGAAUCAGAGUUAAACCUUCACUUGUAUAGACAAUAAAACUAUAAUUUUC